UGCCGGGAAAAAGCCUCCGUGACAGCGGCCACGUCCCAGACCCGGAGUAUGGCAGCUCCGCGAGUGUUCCCGCUCUCCUGCGCGGUGCAGCAGUAUGCCUGGGGGAAGAAGGGCUCCAGCAGCGAGGUGGCCCGCCUGCUGGCCAGCAGCGACCCCCUGGUCCAGAUCGAGGAGGACAAGCCCUAUGCCGAGCUGUGGAUGGGAACACACCCCCGUGGAGAUGCCAAGAUCCUCGACAACCGCAUCCCUCAGAAAACCCUGGGCCAGUGGAUUGCCGCAAACCCCGACUGCCUGGGCGCCAAGGUGAAGGCGCGCUUCCAGGCCUCGCUGCCCUUCCUCUUCAAGGUGCUGUCCGUGGACACGGCCCUGUCCAUCCAGGCGCACCCCAACAAGGAGCUGGCGGAGAAGCUGCACGUCCAGGCUCCAGAACACUACCCCGAUGCCAACCAUAAGCCCGAGAUGGCCAUUGCCCUCACCUCGUUCCAGGGCUUAUGUGGCUUCAGGCCCGUGGAGGAGAUCGUGACCUUUCUGACAAGGGUGCCUGAGUUCCAGUUCCUCGUGGGAGCGGACGCGGCCGCCCGGCUGAAGCAGAGCAGGGACGCGGCCGCCCUGCGGAGCUGUUUCUCCCACCUGAUGAAGAGCGAGAAGAAGGAGGUGGUGGAACAGCUCAACCUGCUGGUGAAGCGGAUUUCCCAGCAAGUGGCUGCUGGAGACAAGAUGGAGGACAUCUGCGGCGAGCUCUUGCUGCAGCUGCACCAGCAGUACCCGGGGGACAUCGGCUGCUUCGCCAUCUACUUCCUGAACCUGCUCACGCUGCAGCCCGGGGAGGCCAUGUUCCUGGAGGCCAACGUGCCGCACGCCUACUUGAAAGGAGACUGUGUGGAGUGCAUGGCGUGUUCAGACAACACCGUGCGUGCCGGCCUGACCCCCAAGUUCAUCGACGUUCCCACGCUGUGUGAAAUGCUCAGUUAUACCCCUGGGCCCAGUAGGGACCGGCUCUUCCCUCCUACCCAGAGCAAGGAGGACCCCUACCUCUCCAUCUAUGACCCCCCAGUGCCGGACUUCACCAUCCUGAAGAUGGAGGUCCCUGCCAGCGUCACCGAAUAUAACCUCUUGGUCGUGGACUCUGCCAGCAUCCUCCUGAUGGUGCAGGGGGCAGCGACCGCCAGCUCCCGCUCGACGCCCUCGGGGACCCCCCUGCGGCGGGGUGGGGUGCUGUUCAUCGCAGCCCAGGAGGCCGUCUCUCUGAAGCGCACGGGGGCCGAGGCGCUGCUCAUGUUCCGCGCCUGCUGUCUGCUGUAGCCACCAAGGUCACUCUGGGCCCAGGGGCCCCGCCCAGG